AUGCUUGGACUCACAUCGUAACAAUUUGCUGCUAUAUCAGACUAAGAGGUGUUUCCCACUAAUCAUUAUGAUUAAGUUUAUGUGUAAACUAUCAAUGGAAAAUGUACAAUACUCACAUUGGGUGAUUAUGAAAAGAGACCACUGGUAAAUGAAGAGACCUACUUUACAAGGGCUAGUUACAACAGAAACACAAAGACUUUUAAACCUUAUUUUGAUGAUUGGGAUUAUUAAUGCUCAUGCAAAAUGCCAACUAAUCCAGAUUAAACUUAUAUCGAGUGCGAAGCUUGUCUUGAGUGGUAUCAUCCGGAAUGCCAAAGCACCACAGUUGAUAUUGAAAAUUUUAUUUGCAAAGCUUGUGAAGAAUGCUAGUGA